AUGAGUUCAUUGUUGUUGAACAAAGAAAUAUUUUCAAAAUCAAUAAGUAUCGUUGGUUUGAAAGUUAAUAAAACACUACUAAAGACAUUGGCACAGGAGUUCAAAGGUUAUUUAUUGAUUCGAGAUAGAGUUAAGCAUAUAGUAGAUGAUUCCGAUUCAAAAGAUAAGAAAUUAGUACUCUUAUCUGAAUCUAUUGAAAAUGGUAAUGUAGGAGCAUAUGGAGUUAAUAAACAAUUACCAGAUAAUUUACAAUCAUUCUUGAAAACUCAUAGUAUAGAGGUUGUUAAACAUCAAGUGCAAUUGAAUUACAAUAACUUUAGCUAUGAGGAGGUAAUGAAAGAGUUGAUACCAACUGGACUACCAAUACCACAUGCAUUCGAAAAGAUCGGUCACAUUGCACAUCUCAAUCUGAAGGAAGAGCUAUUGCCAUACAAGAACAUGAUUGGUCAAGUCAUUCUCGAUAAGAAAGGUCCUCAAAUCAGAACGGUUCUAAACAAAGUUGGCAAGAUAGAUACUGUAUUCAGAACAUUUAAUUUCGAAUUAUUGGCUGGUGAUAAUGAUUUAUUAGCACAAGUAGUUUAUUGGAAUAGUAGAUUACAAUUUGAACAUUCGAAUCUUAUCCAAACAUUUAAGAGUCAUGAUAUAGUGGUCGAUAUGUUUGCAGGUGUCGGACCUUUUGCAGUUCCCGCUUCGAAGCUGGUGAAAUGCAAGGUCUAUGCCAAUGACUUGAAUCCAAACUCUGUCAAGUACAUGCGAGAGAAUGCAACGAGAAACAAAGCAUCGACAAUCGAAAUCAGUAAUUUGGACGCAAGAGAUUUCGUUCGCGAAUUGGUCAGUAGAGAUCCACCCGUUGCAUUCACACAGGCCAUCAUGAAUCUGCCGUCGACAUCGAUCGAGUUCUUGGAUGUCUUUAGAGAGAUAUUCUUGAAUCCAGAGAAAGCACCACCCAUUCCAGCGCCAACCAUACAUUGCUAUACUUUUACACCGGUGUCAGAGACAGCUGGUGGCGACCUCAAAGAGUUGACCAUUAAAAAUGUUGAAGCUAUCAUCAAACAUCCAUUGCCUGCAGAUACCACUGUGUAUGAAGUUCGAGACGUAUCACCAAAUAAAAGAAUGAUGAGAAUUUCAUUUAAAAUGCCAACUCUAAAAAAACGAAAAGACACCGAGAAUAAUGAUGAUCAAGAAAAUAACAAUAAUAGCAGCAAUAACAAUAACAAUAACAAAAUAGAUUACAAUGAAGCGGUGUCAAGUGGUGGUGAAGGAAAGAAAAUUAAACACUAA